AUGGGUCAUUUUUCCCUAGAAGUGUUGAUUGCAUUUCAAGUGAAAUCGACCUGCCCCAUUUCGGAAAAAGAAGCAAAGAAGGAAGCUUUUAGGAAGUAUUUAGAGUCUAGGGGAGUUGCUGAUUCUUUGACAAAAGUUCUUGUGGCACUUUAUGAGCCGAAUGUAGAGCCUUCCUCGGCCAUUGAGAUCAUCCAGCAAAGAAUGGGUGGUCUAAGUUUAUCCGACUAUGACAAGCUACUAGCUGAUAUGUCUGUUUUGAGAAUUAAGCAUAAAGAGCUUUUGGCAGCACAUGAAGUGAAGCGCAGGGAGAUUGAGGAAUUAUUAAGCUCUAUCAUCAUGUCAUCAGCCAAGGAGACAAAUGAUAUGGAAGGUUCUGGAGCAUAAUGUUCUUUGAGAGGAUUGCUCAAAUAUUUGAUAGAAUUGUCUUUGGUCAUCUGUCUUUUUACACCUCUUGGUGUUACACUUAUCUGCCCAGACUUUAUGUUUUGGUUGGCAGUCAUCAUAUUUCUAAUCUGUAAUAUUCUCGUAUAAAUCACUCAGUACCUCUGUAAAAUUGUUUCAAUUGGGUGUGCUAUGCAACUUGGAAUUAAACUCA